UCAAAUGAAAUUCAACAUAACCCCGACGAUAUAGACAACAAUUGGGUUUGUCUCUUAGAACACCGUUAUUUCGUCGAACAUAAAGGAUAAUAUACUGUGAUAUUUUGGUUCCUAAUAAACCAGCGAAAUGUCUGAACGUAAAGUAUUGAAUAAAUAUUACCCCCCGGAUUUUGAUCCCUCGAAAAUUCCUCGUAUGAAACUUGCCAAAAAUCGUCAAUACACAGUACGUUUGAUGGCCCCUUUCAACAUGCGUUGCAAAACCUGUGGAGAGUACAUAUACAAAGGGAAAAAAUUCAACGCUCGUAAAGAGGACGUUGAAGGUGACGACUACCUUGGAAUAAGGAUUUAUCGAUUCUACAUAAAAUGCACGAGAUGCCUGCAGGAGAUAUCCUUCAAGACAGAUCCAAAAAAUACUGAUUACGAGAUUGAGGCGGGAGCAACGAGAAAUUUCAUGGCGUUAAAAUUGGCUGAGGAGCAGGCACAGAGAGAGGAGGACGAGGAGAAAGAGGAAGAAGCGACCAAUCCCAUGAAACUCCUAGAGAAGAGGACACAUCAGUCUAAACAAGAGCUGGAGCUGCUGGAGUCUUUGGAGGAGCUGAAGGACUUGAAUAGGCGACAGCAAACCAUUAAUUACGAUGAAAUGUUGGAGCAGUAUAAUACCGAGACUGCGAGACAGAGGACAAUUAAGGAGCAGGAAGAAUUGGACGAGGAAUAUGUCCAGUCCAUCUUCAGUAAAAAGAAAUUAACUGGGACUGUUGUGGAGGAGGAGAUCAUCGAAUUGGAAGAGUCCGAAGGGAGUCCAAAAAGGGCGAACAAGAUCCAGAAGACGAGUUUGAAUGCUGCAGAUGUAAAUUCCAGUGGAAAAUUCCAUGAGGAAGAGGUUCGAUCGAUUGACGAGUCCUGUGCAAAGCCCAGCACCUCGACUUCGUCAAUAACUUCGUUGGGAGAGGGCCCCUGGUCCAGCUGGUCCUCAGCUUCUAUUAAAUCGCAAACUUCAAGCAAACAUCUGAUGAAGAAAAAAGCGAGUCUGGGGAUUGUUGCUGCUCAUCAAUGUAAAGGGAAUUCAAAGGCUUCAGGAUCACCAAGCGACUGCAGUAAUGUGAAUAUUUCAAGUAGUUUUGAUAAUGCCUCGAGUAACGGAAAUUCUUCGGAACCUGGCAUUUCCAGUAAAGACGAGAAUAAGAAUAACGGAUUGUCAUUGCUGGGAGCAUACUCUGGAAGCAGUGAUGAUGACAGUAACAAUGAAGACAGUUGAUUGAAUUCGUUGAAUUAAUUGUAUAUAUUUUUAUAUGGAAUUUGAGAAUUAUUGGGAAAAAAUGAUGAAUAAAAAUCAA